UCAACAUGUGCCUGUGUAUAUUGACGUAUUAGAUGCAGGAAACGAGGUUGCGACGGUCUGUCACACAGUCCUGUGAUUUUAUUUUCUUUUAAAUUACGGCGAAGUAAUGUCCUUUCAACAUUGAUGGAAGUCCCGUUACUUUAAAGGAAUUUUAUACAGGUAAGAAAGCAACAUGCCUUUGCACGGAAAGAUAGUUGUAAUCAAGAGGAGUGGAGGAGAUGGAACCGAAUUCCCGCUAACAGCAGCUUGCUUGUUCGGGAGGAAACCAGAUUGUGAUAUUCGGAUCCAACUUCCUCAAGUGUCCAAGGAGCAUUGUAGAAUUGAUCUGAACGAAAAUAAAGAGGUCAUGUUAACAAAUUUGAGUUUAGUAAAUCCAACUCGUAUAAAUGGAGAUUCUAUGAAACAGGCUCAGCGUUUGAAGCAUGGAGAUGUAAUCACAAUUAUUGAUCGUUCUUUCAGGUUUGAAUAUCCUCCGGCGCCAACUCCCAAGAAAAAGAGACCCUCUUUGGCAGGGAAAAGUGAAACUCUGCAGGUUUUGCAUGACCAACAGGUGGUAGAUCCUGGUACUUUGAUUACUGGAGAAAGGAGGAAGUCAUCUGAGCUAACUUCAGACUCAUCUUGUCUGAAAGAUGGAACCAAUACCAGUAACGUGCAGGCACUUGCCGUCAAAGAUUAUGAAGAUACAGCGAAAGAAGCGGAUCAGACUGGGCCGGAACAAAGAAAACCCAGCGACAAGGAGAGUCGGUCUCCCUUCUGUGAGCUGUAUCAAAUGGUAAAGCAAAAUCUCAGCAUGAAAUCGCCGAGGAGGCCUGCUGAGGCGGCACAACCCAAAACUCCGCUCUCCAGGCGCGAGCCUCAGAAGACGGUGGAAGUCAAAACGGUGGCUGAAGAAACGGGAGGAGCGGAGUCCACACCUCGAGUUGGUCAGUCCACUCCACGGCCAAAAAAGAUGACUAAAGAGAAAAGAAGGUCCUCAGUUGGUUGUGCGGAGCAAAUGGACAGCACCCUGCCCGAAAGUAGAUUUGGCGGUGAGGCAACUCCCAAGUCUACCAAGAGAAGGAGCAAGGUGAAUUCUGAGUCAUCCCUGGAGGUGAGCGUUGUUUCUGCACUGCCAGCCGAGGGGCAGGUGGAAGACUCUUCCCAACCGGUUGCAACACCUAGCAAAGCCGCUCCUGAGGAAAGCAGACGUUCUCUGGGAACUCCUGCAAAGAAGUCUGUCCCGGAGGAGAAGGGAACUCCCACCUCUCAAAAGAAGCCUCAACAAGGCAUUCCCCAAAAGUUUUGUGCCAGUGAAGUGGCGAGACAGAUUGUGUCGGAGAACAGCGUCUCGGAAGAAACAUUCCAAAGCACUGAAAGUUCAAAAACUCCAAAGAGAAGGAGAAGCAAGGGAUCCACAGUCCUUCCAUGUCAGAAUUCUGCGGAGACCCCAGGCACACCCGGUACACCCCACUCACUCGAUAGCCAUGAUGUCCUCGAAUUAAAACAAGCCAAGUGCGAGUCAGAAGCUGAAGUGUCUGAGGCAGUCCAAAAAGAAAAGUCUCCAAAGGCCAAAGAUGCUGCGAGUCCUCGGAGGGUCUCGCCCAGGAAAUCUCCAGGAAAAAAGCUUCAAGCUUCCGAUGUGCUGCUUGAACUUGAAUCGACAGCACCACCUAGUGGAGAGAAAUCCGUCAAUGCAGGCACUUCGACAUCCUCUGGUAAAAAACGCAAAAGUGGAAAACUUGAAAGCGAUUUGCCCGGCCCUCAACUCAAAAGGAAAAGAGUCUCGUUUGGCGGUCAGCUGAGCCCGGAGCUGUUUGACAAACGCCUUCCUCCCAACUCUCCUCUUCGCAGAGGUGCCACGCCUGGGAGACGCAGCCUCUCUGCUCUUAGAGAAACGGUCCUGAGGGGAUCCUUUCCCGUUGGCCUGAUGGAGGAGUUGAGUGCUGAAGCGUCUAGUCCGAAAAGUAAAACGCCCAAGCGCAGUCCAGGCAAGAAAGCAUCUCCCGAAAGUGUCUCUCCUGCCAAGUUCCCUAAAACAAAAGCUAAAACCCCAUCUCCAAAAAAAUCUGAAGUUAGGAAUUCAGUAGGUCCGAAGUCUCCUGCUGAAACUUCAUCCCAAGGAAAACGCUCCCCAUCCACACAAGAUCCUGUGGUACCAAAGGGCAGGAAAUCUCUCAGUCCUGGUAAGAAGACUCCUCAAACCCCAUUAUCAGGAAAAACUCCAAUCAAGCAAUUAAACGGAACGCCGAAUAAGGAGUCCCCCUUAACAUCAACAAAGACCCCUUCUGAGGCUGUCCUUGCUGAUGUUGGAAGUCCAUCUUCUACUCCUGUGACAAGUGGACGUCGUAGAAGAUCAGUCUCUGAUGCAUUGAAGAUGUCUCCUGGUCAGUCUGCAGCAGAAAUGCCUAAGACUCCUCUUCCUGUCGAGAAGGCCUCCGGUUCUACUGCCAAAACGCCAUCUCCGGGGAUGUUCUUUAGGGAAUGCUUCUCAUUCCACCAAACGCCUUCUGUAAAAGGCAGGUUUUCGGUCUCGCGCAUUAGCACUCCUUCCCCAGUUGCUGAUCAGGCCACAGGUGCUGUGGAAAUGUCAACGUGUGUGACGCCCAGUGUUCCAUUGAGGAGAAAAAGCAUGAAGUCAACAUCAAAGAAAACCCCUAAAAGCGCAAGAAAGAGUGUCCUUGAAGUUAUUCGCUCCAGACGAAGUGGAGCUUCUAGGGCAAAUUUGAAAGUUGUAAGCUCCUGGGCGGAUAUUGUUAAAUUUGGUGUGAGCAAGCCGCAGACUUCUGCCACUACUAAGAAAUGUACCAGAAAAGCAACCACUGUCAAGAAAACCGUGGUAAAGAAACCGAAGACACCGGCCAAGAAAAUCAAAGAGCAUUUUAGCACUGGACAUGCGGCUUCUCCAGCUACAAUUGUUGUGGGGAAAGCCCAUACAAAGGUAGCCCAAACAGCAGGUUGUGCUCCAAAGAUUGUCCACAAUAUUGCAUUGCUGAGGAAGAACAUGAAAAUCAAUGAGGACUUGUCAGGAAUUGCAGAGAUCUUCCGCACCCCUGUGAAUGUGCAGAAGAGAAUUCAGAACAGUGACCGUUUUUGCCCAGAGACUCCAAAGGCUAAUGCUACUUCCUGUACCGAAUUCUCUGUGAUGGACACACCUGAGGAAAUGGGUGAAAUGGUUGUAUCUCCAUUAAGUGUCAUCAGCACUGAAAAACACGGAGUUUAUGACAAUGAGGCAAUUGCAUGGCUCCUCCAAGAUCAGGAUUCUAGUAUGAAUGGUGAUGAUGCUCAUCAGGAAAGUGAUUCAGUGAUGACUGCCUUGGUUACUGAAGAACCAGUACUGGACCCAGUCCCGAAGAGGGGGAUUAGGACACCUAAACAAAAAGCUGAAUCCCUGACAUGUCUAACAGGAGUCAAGAAAAUCAUGAAAACUCCAAAGCAAAAGGUCCAACAAGUAGAAGACCUCAGAGGAAUUAAGAGGUUACUGAAAACUCCAAGAGAACCAAAGGUGUCUCAGGAAGUUAAUCUUGUUGGUGUGAAAGAAGUUAUGAAGACCCCAAAGAUAAAGACUACUCCACUGGUAUGCACAACUGGUGUGAAGCGUUUGAUGAAGACUCCCAAGCAAAAGGGUGAGCCUGUAGAAGACAUGAUUGGAUUGAAGCGAUUGAUGCAGACUCCCAAACAAAAGGUGGAGCCUGUAGAAGACUUAACUGGAGUGAAGCAGCUGAUGAAGACACCUAAACAAAAGGGGCAGCCUGUUGAAAGUCACUUUGGAAUCAGAAGAUUGAUGCAAUCGCCCAGACAGAAAGGUGUAGCAGUCGACGAUUUUACAGGGUUACAGGAGCUUAUGGAAGAACCAUCAGAUUAUUUGCCCUCAGAAGUUGGCUUUAAAGAGUGUGAAACCUCUGAAGAAAAGGUUUCAGAAACGAGUGCCUCUCCACAAUUUGAGAAGAGUGUUCCAGCUCCUGGUGAAGCAGAGAUGGCUUCUAAAGAAGAAUCCAUUAGGCUGAUGCCUGAGGAAACCAAAAGUAAUGCUACAAAAAAAUCUGUGAGGGGAAGAUCGCAAAAACAAGUGGAAAAUAUUUCAGGGGAUGAUGCAAACAACGGUGACCCUGCAAAGGCUCAAAAUGAUGCAGAAAUCAACAGUGCAGGUGAUGUAGACCAGAAUUUGCCUGAGGAAAAACCUAAACGAGGUAGACAAGCGCGUCAGGUAGCAGCUACUGUAAUAAAGAGGACCCGUCAAAAAAUCUCAGAAAUCAAGGAAGAGCCAAUCAGCUCAGUUGUUGCAGCUCCAAUCAAAUCAACACGAAGAAAGGGGGCAAAGAAAUUGGAAGAAUUUGAAAAGGCUACCAUUGAAGAAAAGCAAAGUGAAAAUAUGGAGUCCAAAAUGGAAGGUGGUGAUGAAGUGAGAGGUUCAGACAUGGAAAUUGCAGAAGAGCCUGUUCCUGAUCUGGUCCCUGCUAAAGGAAGAAGAGGAAAGAAAACCAAAGAAAUUCCUCAAAAUGACACUUCCACAGCUCCUGUUAGAAAAAUUGGUAGAGGCAAAAAGGCAAAAGUAACAGAUGUAGCUGAUGAGAGUAAUGAGAGCGACAGGAUCAAAUGCAUUGAAAUGUCCCCAGCACCUAAAAAAAUUGAUGAUGCACCGGAGACAAUGCCUGCACCUGUACCCAUCAUAAAACCUAGAAGAGGAAGAAAGCCAAAACAAGCUGAAACGAGUGAGGUUGAUAACAGUGUAGCACAAGCUAUGGAGAGCAUUGUGUCUGAUGCCAAGCAGUCUGAUGUUGGAAACUGUUUGCCCGAGUCAAAGGAAGAGGUACCUGUUGUUAAGUCUGGACGAGGAAGGAAAGCUAAGGCCCUUGUGACGGAGGUUCAGACAUCACUCGAGGUCCUCCCAAAAAGAGGACGUCGUGGUGCAGUUGACAGUUUGGCCUCGCAAACGGUUGCUUCCCCUGCUCCUUCUUUAAAGUCUGGUCGUGGCAGGGGUAGAAAGGCUCAGAAUUUGGACAGCACAGCAGAGGUGACUUCAGUCCAAGCUGAAAUUUCAUCCACAGAAUGUUCUACCAAGUCCCCCAAGAAGGUGAGGGGGACGAGAAGACAGGCUAAGAUUUCUGAUUCAGUUGCUCUUGAUGUUCCUUCUGCACCUUUGGAUGGAGACUGCAUACCUGACACUUCAUCGUCAAAUGAUCUUGUGAAAAAUGGACGAGGAAAAGCUGGCUCACGAAAAGGUGGAGUUCUUGAAGCUGAUAGAAGUGUAGAAACUGCAACCAGUAUCAAGAAUGUGAAACGAGUUCCUGCAAAGAAAUCUGUCAAUUGGACUUCUGAUUUGGCGAUUUCACAUACCACUGAAAUUGCAGUGUCACCCAGUUCUGAAGAAGGAUCUCAGCAAAGACGGUCGAUGAUCAGUGAAGGAUCAACUGCAGGACUUGCUGAGAACGGGGCUGAUGAAACCAAAGUGAAUUUGGAGCCGCAACCUGUCCCACGCAGAGGAAGAGCUGGAAAGAAAUCCGCCGUUCAGCCGACUGGGCAGCAGGGUUCAGAACCGUACACGGAAAAGGCUCAGUCCACAAGAAAAGGAAGAACGCAGGCUGUUAAACCUAAAUCCGACCCUGUAAAAGACGAUGUCCCCCUUGCAAAAAGAGGGACAAAAAGGAAAUUGACACAGAAAGAUACAGAUGAGGUUACUGGUGAUAAUGACUCGACUAGUGAGUCUGUGAGCCUUGAUUCCCUGCCUAAGAGGGCUAGAGGCAGGACGACAAAAGUGGAUGAAACCAAAAUUGAGGACGAGUCAAACAAAGCAAAAAGGGGCACUGCAAAAAAGUCAGGGAAGGCGCUUGCUAAAGAGGUGGAAGAAACAAAGCCAAUCAUGGAAACCCCAAGGCCUGCUAGACGGGGCGGGAGAAAGAUGGCCCAAGAUGAUGUGAAACCUGUGCCAGCCCAAGAGGAGUGCCGUACCAAAAUAAAAAGGGAAAGUGCUAAACAAACUGCCACUCGAGGAAGAGCAAAGGCUGAAAAGAAGGCGGACAGUACAAGCUCAGAAGAGGCCAAACCAGUGAGACGUACCAGGCAGAAAUGAGCUGAAUGUUUAGUGUGUGUAUAUAUAGUAAUCGGCAAGCUUACAUAGUUUUAAUUUGUUUUUUAUGUAGUUUUAUAGCGUGCAUUUACUUUCCUCUGCUUGACUGACUUUAGCCUUGUUUAUUUUUAUAUUUUUAUAAGUAACUUCUAAUAGUUUUUACGUAAAGGACAUGGAUUACUUGUAUAUGCGGGGUUGCUGUUUUAUUUCAAAUUGUGCGCAUUUAUUAGAUGUUUUAAAGUUGCAAAAAUUGUGCAAUUUGGAUUUAGAUUUUCUGUAGAAAUAUUGGCACUGCCAUAUUUUUCUGUAAAAAAAAAAAAUAAAUAAAACCCAAAUUUAUAUUUCA